CCCAACCCCAGCCCUCCAUAUCUCCUCACAGAACUGCCAGCCCCAUCUAGAGUUAUUCCAGGAAUGCGAUGAUGAACAUGGCUGCCGCGAUGAAGGCACAGAAAACGGGACUGCUGGAGCUCCGGGUGACCGUCGACCGCUGGAUCCGGGUGUUGGCCACGCUCACCGAGGACACGCUGACGGUGAACCCCGAGGAGGGUGCCGAGGAGCCGCAGAAGCCCAACUCGAACCCCCCGGGUGCUAUCAACGGAGACCCCCCGAACCUUAGCUCCAGUCCUGUGCCGGAGACCAUCACCAACGUGAAGCGCACGGUGAGAGUCACCAAGCAAGAUGUCGGAGGACUUGGGAUUAGUAUUAAAGGUGGGAAGGAGAACAAGAUGCCCAUUCUCAUCUCUAAGAUUUUUAAAGGCCUGGCCGCUGACCAGACGGAGGCUCUUUAUGUUGGCGACGCCAUAUUGUCUGUCAACGGUUAUGACCUACGUGAGGCCACGCAUGAUGAGGCCGUGCAGGCCCUGAAAAAGACAGGCAAGGAGGUCAUUCUUGAAGUCAAGUACAUCAAGGAGAUGUCGGCCUUCUUUAAGAGCUCGGGGUCCCCUGGUGCAGCUCUCCCGUGGGAUUCACCUCCGCCUACACCUCAGAAGGGGGCGGAGCUCUCUGCCGCCGAGGCGAAGGAGCCCCGGAGUAUCUCGCUGAAAAUGUGCCAGGUGUCCCGCAAGCAGUGCCCACCCGACACAGAAAACCGGUAUUUUGAGGUGAUUUCACCCAAUAGGAAGAACUCUGUGUUCCUGCGGGCCAAAGACCCAGCCAUGGCCCAGUCUUGGUACAAUGCCAUUCAGGCUUGCAGUGCCAACCUUUUACCGCAAGCCAAGGAAGGGAUGAGGAGCUUGCAGCCUGGCAUGGAAGUCAAACACCUGGGCUGGAUUAUAGAACAGGUGGUGCAGGGUCCCGAGAGGCCGGUCCUUGCUGUGCUGACGGACCGAGAGCUGCUCCUGUACCCCUCCAUGCCCGAAAGCAAAGACACCAUCAGCAGUCCCACCAAGAGCCACCCUCUCAUCACUACCAGACUGGUCCACUCCGGCCCAGGAAAAACCUCUCCCCUCCUGGACUCUGAGCUGUCCUUCGGCCUGCGUUCAGGCACCAAGCAAGGCGUGGAGACACAUGUGUUCAGGGUGGACUCUGCCAAGGAGCUGUCCACUUGGACUCACCUGCUGGUCGACGGCUGCCACAAUGCUGCUGAGCUUAUCAAGGAGGUCACAACAGCCUGCAGCUGGAAUGGACAGGACUGCACACUGGGAGUGCACAUCGACGAGGGCUUCACACUGUUCACCGAAGAAAUGGGUGUCAAGAAAAACAUCCUCCUGCAGCAUCCAUUCGAGCGCCUAAGAAUGUCGUCCGAUGACGGCGUCCGCAUGAUGUUCCUCGACUUUGGAGGGCCCGAGGCUGAAAUUCAACUGGACCUCCAUUCUUGCCCCAAGACCAUAGUUUUCAUCAUCCACUCUUUUCUUUCUGCUAAAGUCAAACGACUUGGCCUCCUGGCAUGAUAACAUCCAGAACUAUUAGCCAUAGAUAUGUUUGACAAAUAAUACACACAAAAAAACCAACCCCGACAGACUUUGAACGAUGAUGGAGCCCAGCCGUGAUGGAUUCCCCUCUUUUGCGGCUCCUUUUUGUGAAAGACCGAUGGACCCUUUUUGUGUGAAAGUGAAAAGGUUUGACAGUGACUAAGCAGCAGUCUAGCACAUUAAGUCAUGAUUCGUGUAUGAUUUUAUUAGCAUUUCUCUCUAUCAUCAUCUGUCAUGAAUGGAUUGCCUUAUGUACUGCUUAUGUGUCACACAUGUCUUGGUUGAUGUUGGACAAACAUCUUUAUUUAAAAGAAGGCUUAAGUGGAGUGACAGGAUGACAGGACCGAUCACUGCGUGAUCUCAAAAGGAUGGAAACAUUCAUUCAUGUUUUACUUGCCUUCACUCAUUUUGAAGCCAAUUUUAUUUGAUUUAUUUUAGCUUAGCUUCACAAUUAGAAACCUUUAGAAGACUACUGACACAAAUGGCCUAAAAAGUAGAUGGAAUAUUUAUAAAUGACAAAGGCACGCCUCUUUUUGAGCUCUUGAAUGAACACACAUUCUCUACAAAGUGUAUCCGUUCGUUUAAUCGUACUGAAUAUGUUCAUUUAAACGUCAGAUUUUUUGUGUCAUCUGAACAUCAUUGGAGCCUUCUCAAUGCUCUCAGAGAACAGUUUAAAUAAAUGAAUACUUCUAUAUAUAUUGUAUAUUUAUGCUUCAACACACAAACCCUUUCAAAAUAAAAACAAAUGUAUAUUCUUAUUUAAACAAAGGUGUGCCUUCUUAAGGGUUGU